AUGUACAUUCGGUUGAUCAGCGAGUCUACGGGCAUGCCUCACAACACAAGUUCCUUUGGUUGGCUUGUCAAAGACCAUGUCUACUUCAAUCCUGAUGUUGACACCCUCAUUCUCGGUACGAUUGUCGACAGACUCGGGGGCUUCCGAUUUGCGCUCGCCAGCCCUCAAUGGCGCGAAAAAGUUGGUGGCUUGGGGGACUUAACUACAUCGCCAACCUUCCCGGGCUAUAUAAAAAAGCGACUUCGAAAACGAAUAUCCAACCGAAGACUUGAUAGAGGUGAAACCUCCGUUCUUACACCCCUUUCAACACCUCCUACUCAGCGGGACCCACUUCCCAGUCUUCAAUUCCCAUGUCUUGAAAUCAUCCACCUGGUUUCUCUGCUUUGCAUUCCGAUACCAAGGAGCACGCCGCAAGGUCAGACAGGAUUAUCUCUGCGUGGCAUGGGGGUUUGUUUUCGUUACAUACUGCCAACCAAUAGGCUUUACUGUUAUCGGGAGUUGACCCUACCUGACGAGUGCCUUGAAGGUAUACGGCCGAACGCUCGCAUUCCUGACGAUCACUUCAGGGUCGACCCGAAUAAUAGUUGCGGUAUCCGCAUUGACAUCUUUCGCGACAGCAAUGUCGAUUGGGUCACUGACGCCUACUUACCCGUUAAUGGAUUCCACAAGAUGCACCUUGCUUGGAAGAUUGCUAUGGAAUACGUCUCGAUGCGCCUGGGCGAAAGUUGGAGGUGA